GUGCCGGGGGCUGCCCAGGGCCCCGGGGCCGAGGGGAGCUCCCUGAGGGACGGGUGGUCCCGCCGGGCCGGCCCCGAGCCACCGGCUCUUCAGGUGGGACCCGGCUUGGCUGUUCCGGAGCUCCAGGAGCUCCUGCCGGGAAACGAAGGCGUUGGGGAGCUGGAGGGGCCCUCCGGAUCGUGCCAGGUUCGCACCCCACACAUCAGAUCUCCGCACAAAUGAAUAACCCGCCCCGGUGCCCAGAAGGACCCAGGACUAAUCGGGUUGGACGCAAAGUGUGGUGAGGUCCCGUGUCCAGGUGGGAUCCCGUGUCUGGGUGUACCUGCCCUGCUCUCGCUGCCUCAGUUUUUCUAUUCACCCUUGCCCGAAACCAGCCCUCGGCUUAAUUGACAGGCAAACGCUUUGUUCGUCUCAGUUGUUGUCUCUGUUUUCCCCCUCCGAGGGGUACUCGCUUAAAAGCUUGUUUUGAAUGGAAGCAGUCCAGGUUUGGAGCAGCCGGGUUUAUUUCUUCUGUUGUUUUGGCUGUCAACCGAGCCACCUUGUGCCGUGAGGAUCAGCAGAGGCUGGGAGAGGGCAGGACUGGGAUGGAUCUGCACUGUGACCCUUCUCUGCUUCCGAGCUCUGUUCUUUCACUUUCCUUGGUGCUAAUCGGUGCUGGGUGCUUGUGUAAAAAAAUGUGUGUUUGGGUAUGAAUUACCUGGCAACAGCUUUCAGCCCUGUAGCAUCGGGUUUUGCUGUGCCCAGAAGUGCAGUUCAGCUGGUGUGGGGGCCCUGGCUGGGUGGGUUGGGGUCAGGGGAGAGCACAGGGCACCUGUAAUGCUGCUCCAGUCAUGCCCCCUGCACAGGGUCAUGUCUUACUGCAGCCCUGUGGCCUCCCUGUGCUUUAUGUGCUCCCCUAAUCCCUGUGUAAUCUCUUCCCAUGGGAUCUUUGUUGCCCUCCCAGUCCUGUCUCUCAAAGUGGUGUUUUAACAAUCUGUCCUGAGCACUCUCUUUUCUGAAAAACUUGCUGAAAAGUCUCUGUUUUACCAAUCUGGUGAUUUUUAUUUUUAAUUCAGCCCAGCAGCUCCCAAGGCUCUUUUUCUUUUCCAGGUACAAGCUCGCAUUUCUUGAAAACUUUUAUCAGCGCUGGCAAUUCAAGUUCAGAAACUUAAAAAAGGAGUUGGCAUUUUUAGAAAUCAUCUCAGACCUAUGAAUUUUAAGAUCCUGCAUUUAAACCAAAAUGAAAUUCUGCUUUCUGGAAGUAGAACAGAAAAUUAAACACAGCUUUCAAAGGUUUUAAUUCCCAUUCUCCAGCUUUCUCACCACCAUUUGCUGGAGUUUGAGGAGCAGGAAGUGAAGCUGUUGGAAAAUACAUCUGAAAUGCACUCCAUUUUUUUCUUGUCCAAGUCCCCAAUUAAAGCCAUGUGGAAAAAUGUUUCAGAGGUUGUGCUGGGUGUAAAGUUCCAACCAAGCAAAUCCAAACGCAAGCUCUGAGUUGCCAAAUACCUUCAAAGUGAAGGGCAUCUGGCUGGAAUAUUUAAGUAUGCACUUGAAUUAGCCAGGGUUUUGUUUUCACUGGAGGAAGGUUGGCCCAGAGGAUUUCUGACUGGAGCCACAACUGUUUGGUGAAUAAGAGCUUUUAGGGUUGAAGUGAAUUUCAGCUUUUCAAUGUAUUUUUAAAGCUUGAGGGGAAGUGUUCUAGUCCGUGGGAUUUGAGUAGAGAUGUGAGUUGGGAUGUGUAACACAUCCCAAACCGUGUCCCACUCUUCCCCCAACCCUUUCUGCUGUGGUGUAAUGCUGCACACUGUACAAGCAGCUCCAGUAUUGAAUUUCUCAGCUUUUAAUAUUUGUGUGCUGCUGAAUUCUCCACGAGAAGUCAGGAACUGCAACUUUAGGCCUUUCGCUUUCUCAUUUUCCGUAACUCCAGGACUUGUGUAACUCUGGCUCACUGAUGCUUUCCCGCAUUCCUCGCUUCCCAAUCCCUGCAAACAGCUGCUGGCUCCAGCAGCUUUCAGCAAGAACUGGCAGGAGGCUGAAAUACGCCCCUCGCUCCUCCUUUGGAGCAGCAGUCCCAGCGCAGGAAAUAUUUUUCCACUCUGAUGGGGAAGUGGAUGUUGGAGCACGCGACACUCACGUGCAGUCAGCCCGGGUACCUUCACGUGUGGUCCAGGAUUCACAGCAUCGCUGCCACCCCGGGUCCCCAGGAGAAAAUGGUGUAAGGCCAGCGCAGCUGCCACUUCCAACCACGGCGUGCCCAGAGCUCAGGGAGGAACAUGGCAGCAGCUCAGGGAGCGGGAAGUGGUUCAGCCGGGCCGUCCGGCCCACCCGGUUCUGCCCCGGGGCACAGCAGCACCUCCACGUUAGUGGUGGUGUGGGAAUGGCAAGAUGAAUUUGGCAGGUGGAGGCCGUACCGAGGCAAUGUCUGCAGCUACAUUGAGCAGGUUAUCCAGGCCUCUCAGCAGAAGGGCCGGCGCUCAGGGUCGGGGCUGGCCAGCAGCAUCCCUUUGGGACACGCGGAUCCCGCCUUGGCUCCCUAUGUCAUCGACAUUCCAAGCUUCAUGCAGUUCCGGCAGGACACAGGGACGAUGCGGGCUGUCCGCAGGCGCACCUUCCCAGGGGACUCAGCUGCUGGGCAGGGCAUCGUCUGGGAGUGGCAGAACGACGAGGGCGGGUGGUCCCCGUACGAGAUGGAUGUCUGCGUGUUCCUGGAGCAGGCCCAUGCCACCAACCACCAGCGAGUGGAUCUUGGGCUCUUGGGCUACAACUAUGAGAUUGACUUUGUGGCUCAAGUCCAGACCAACAAGACCACGAGGUUCCGCCGCAGCGUUCAGAGGCGUUUGGACGCCCCGUACCCGGUGACGACCUCUGCCACACCCCUUCACACAGGGGUGGGAUGUUCUUGCCAGCAGUGCUGGCCAAACAGUGGGACUGGUCCCAUCACCACACGCUACCGUCACUCCAUGACAAACUUUCCCAACUCUUCCUCUACUCAUCAGGCUCCUGGCAGGACUGCGUCAGUAAGUUCUUCCAACGUUGGCUACGUGCCCUAUAACAAACCCACUUUGACUGGAGCAAGGUCAACACCAAGACUCAGUGCACAGAGCCCCUUGGUUUUGGCUCAGACUGGGAGCCUCAGUGCAGCAUUGACAGCAUCUAAUGGAGUCAGUACCCAGGCCCUGCCUGUCAAGAUGCCCAAACCCAGCAGGGUGAGCCAGGCCCUGGCAGGCAUGACAGCUAUUCUGAUGUCAGCCGCCGGACUGCCCGUGCACCUCACCCGUGUGCCGCAAGCUGCCAGCACCCAUAAGGCCACUAAAAAACACAGCUCAGUUAAGGAGGGGAGGAAAGUGUCCAAGAAAGCCACACCAACAGAGCCAGAAUCAGUGGUGAAGAAGUACCUAGAAGAGCUGAAGAGUGCUCCUGCUGAUGAGGACUGCAUGAUCUGCAUGGAGAAGCUGUCCUCCCCCUCGGGCUACAGCGACUCGUGCCAGUCCAGCACCAUCAGGCCAGAGGCCGUCGGUCGCCUGAGGAACUGCCAGCACUCCUUCCACAUGCUCUGCAUGCUGGCCAUGUACUCCAAUGGGAACAAGGAUGGCAGUUUGCAGUGUCCCUCCUGUAAAACCAUCUACGGAGAGAAAACCGGCACCCAGCCCAAAGGGAAGAUGGAGAUCUCCACUUUCCCCCAGUCCCUCCCGGGACACAAGGACUGUGGGACGAUCAGGAUUGUGUAUCACAUCAGCAGGGGCAUCCAGGGCCCGGAGCACCCCAACCCUGGGAUGCCAUACACAGCCAGAGGCUUUCCUCGCUAUUGUUACCUGCCAGACAAUGAGAAGGGCAGAAAGGUCCUGGAGCUCCUGAAGGUGGCCUGGAAGAGACGUCUGAUUUUCACAGUGGGCACCUCCAACACCACAGGCGAGAGCAACACAGUGGUGUGGAACGAGAUCCACCACAAGACUGAGAUGGACUCAAACCUGAGUGGCCAUGGCUACCCUGACCCCAACUACCUGGACAAUGUGCUGGCAGAGCUGGCUGCUCAGGGUGUCACCGAGGACUGCCUGGGCCAGUGAGCCUCAGGGGCCACCUAGUGCACUUAUUCCUGAUGCCUUAAGUUGCCAUGUCUGACCACCCGUCACACUGAGCAAUAACAGUUCCGUGGGAGCCCUGCCCGCUCUUCACAUUUUUAUGGGGGGGUGGGAAGGAUAUUUUUGUAGAAGCUGUGCUUGUGUCUCUGGGUGGGAUUGGUGGCUGCAGCCAGGAGCAGCUGGGAUGGGACUGAGGUGACAGAUGUCCUGGGGAAGGCAGGACCUUCCUUUGGUAAUGCCUGAGGACAGGAUGGGAGAGGAGUGCCUUGCUUCUAAUAAACCACGUGGAAGUCAAGCAGGGUCCUCCUUUUGGGACACAUCAGCUCCCUGUCUGAGGCACUUCUUGCCUCCCUCCUGCCGUGUAUCUCUGCUCGGUUCAAAUAAACUCUUCAUUCUCACAGCAAGA